AUGGAGUUAAAAUUUCCAUUGACAUUGGCACACAUCGAACCAGGCGGAUUGGACGUCGUCAAACUGUUGGUGAAUGCCGGGGCUAAUGUCAAUUGCGGUCAUCAGUUCUCUUCGCAGAAGGCUUUCAGAAACGGAGUGACCGUGGAUGUUCACCCACACCGCUCCAUCUACCCUCUCGAGCUUGCUGUCCAAAAUGGAGAGCUGGACUGUGCCGAGGAACUAAUUAAGGCCGGAGCCCGUGUUAGAGACUCAUGGCCUCUCAGAUCAGCCAUCAAACGUAAGGAUCGCGAAAUGAUCUGUGCCCUGUUGAUUGCAGGAGCAGACCCCAACGGCUGGAUAAAUGGACUAGGAACUGACAGCCAUUUGAAUUGGAAGCAAACAGCUUUGGGGCUGGCUGUUGAAGUAGCUGACAUUAAAUGUGUGAAAACCUUGAUUCACUUUGGAGCCAAAGCGGAUGCCUUAAGUUUCUGGAUAGCGAUCGAAAAAGAUGGCACUGAAAUGUUCGAUGUUUUGGCCGCUACGGGAUCAAGACCUGAGGUUCCCCAACUGGGCAUCAGGCACGAACUUAUAAGAAAGUCCUUGCCCUAUGUUCAGACAAUAGACAGAAGAGCCUACCUUUCGACAAGGGUAUCUGAUAGAGCGGCAAGCGAUAUGGCUAUGAUUCAUCGCCUUCUCGAUGUGGGGAGCGACAUCGACGAUUUAAGCGCCGUACCAUGGGGCUAUCAUCAGACCGCACUUCAGACAGCGGUCAAAUGGUGUCAUGAUUCUGUUUCCAAGUUUCUGCUGGAAAAAGGCGCCAGUCCUGAAAAACGGGAUCCAUCUCUCCCAACGCCUUUGCAGUAA